CAACGAUCCCAGUUCCAGCGCCUUGUGGACCUGCUCCUCUGCAGCAGAGCCGGGCACCAUUUCGGAGCUGUCUACACCGUCCCCCAUGGUGGAUCAGCUAGAAAACCCCAGCGUGGGGAGAACCUCAGGGUUACCGUCAUCUCAGGCCAGGGACGGAGAUGGACAUGGAGUGUUGGCCUCCCACAGCCCAUCCUCCUUCAGUGGGCGCAGCGGUGGUGCGGCCCAGAGCUCCUCUGGGGACGGCAGUGACCCAGCACGCCGACCAGCCAAGGGUGCUGGAGCUGGUGGCACCACAGUGUCACCCUCUGAAGGUGGCCACAGGCUCGCUGCUGAGGGCUGGGCUCAGAGAUGGAGCUCGGCGACAGCUGGAGGAAUGAUCUCCGACAUCUACAUCAGUGGGGAGUCAGGGGACAUGUCAGCCAAGGAGAAGCUGACACAGAAGGUGACAGCAGGUUACAUCGGCGUGAAGUGCACCAACUUCUCAUCAUGCUGGAGUGAUGGGAAGAUGUUCAACGCGCUCAUCCACAGAUACAGGCCAGAUCUGGUGGACAUGGAGAGGGUGCAGAUCCAGAGUAACCGGGAGAACCUGGAGCAGGCCUUUGAGAUCGCCGAGCGGCUGGGGGUCACGCGGCUGCUGGAUGCCGAAGACGUGGAUGUCCCCUCUCCGGAUGAGAAAUCCGUGAUAACUUAUGUGUCUUCAAUCUACGAUGCCUUUCCCAAAGUCCCCGAGGGAGGAGAAGGGAUCAGCGCUAUCGAGGUGGAUUCGAGGUGGCUGGAGUACCAGAGCCGUGUGGAGUCCCUCAUCUCAUGGAUCAAACAGCACACGAUACUCAUGUCAGAUAAAUCCUUCCCCCAGAACCCUGUAGAGCUAAAGGCACUUUAUAACCAGUACAUACACUUCAAAGAAACUGAAAUCCCAGCGAAAGAGCAGGAAAAAGGAAGGAUAGAGGAGCUCUACAAACUGUUAGAGGUAUGGAUUGAAUUUGGACGCAUCAAGUUACCCCAGGGCUACCACCCCAACGACGUGGAGGAGGAGUGGGGCAAACUCAUCAUAGAGAUGCUGGAGCGUGAGAAGCUCCUGCGGCCGGCGGUGGAGAGGCUGGAAUUGCUGCUACAAAUUGCUAACAAAAUCCAGAAUGGUGCUCUGAGCUGUGAGGAGAAACUCACUCUUGCGAAGAACACGCUGCAGGCUGAUGCUGCUCACCUGGAGUCAGGCCAGCCAGUGCAGUAUGAAUCCGACGUGGUCGUGUAUCUGCAGGAGUGUGAGGGGCUCAUCCGCCAGCUCCAGGUGGAUGUGCAGAUCCUUCGGGAUGAAAAUUACUACCAGCUAGAGGAGCUGGUGUUCAGGAUCAUGCGGCUGCAAGAUGAGCUGGUGACACUGAGGCUGGAAUGCACUAACCUGUACAGGAAAGGCCACUUCUCCACCCUGGAGCUGGUGCCCACUUCAACGCUGACCAUGACACACUUGAAGGGUGAAUCCCUGACAAAAGGGCUGCACACCUCCUCUGCCUCCUGGUUCCGGAAGCCCAUGACCAGAACAGAGCUGGUGGCCAUCUCCUCUUCUGAAGAUGAAGGCAGCCUCCGGUUUGUGUACGAGCUGCUGGCCUGGGUGGAGGAAAUGCAGAUGAGACUGGAGCGGGCAGAGUGGGGGACUGACCUGCCGAGUGUGGAAACCCAACUGGAGACCCAGCGGCACGUCCAUACCAGCGUGGAGGACCUGGGUUCCAGCGUCAAGGAGGCCAGGAUGUAUGAGGGUAAAAUGUCUCAGAAUUUCCGCGCUAGCUACACAGAGACCCUUGGCAAGCUGGAGACGCAGUACUGCAAGCUGAUGGAAACCUCGAGCUUCCGGCUGAGACACCUCCAGAGCUUGCACGGGUUCGUGUCUCGGGCCACUGCUGAGCUCAUUUGGCUGAAUGAGAAGGAGGAGGAGGAACUGGCCUAUGACUGGAGUGACAACAACCCUAACAUUGCAGCCAAGAAAAACUACUUCUCGGAGCUGACGACGGAGCUGGAAGAGAAGCAGGACAUCUUCUGCUCCCUCCAAGACACAGCUGAGCUGUUGUCCCUGGAGAACCACCCGGCCAAGCAAACUGUAGAGGCCUACAGCGCUGCCGUGCAGACCCAGUGGCAGUGGAUUAAGCAGCUCUGCCUGUGUGUGGAACAGCACGUGAAGGAGAACGCUGCCUAUUUCCAGUUCUUCAGUGAUGCCCGGGAGUCAGAGACCUACCUGAGGAACCUGCAGGACUCCAUCAAAAGGAAGUAUUCUUGCGACCAUAACACGAGUCUGACGCGGCUGGAGGACCUGCUGCAGGACUCCAUGGCACAGGAUGAGAAGGAGCAGCUCAUCCAGUCGAAGAGCUCUGUCGCCAGCCUGGUGGGACGGUCCAAAACCAUCGUUCAGCUCCGACCCAGGAACCCAGAGCACAUUGUGAAGAGCACAAUCCCCAUCAAGGCUGUUUGUGACUAUCGGCAGAUCGAGAUCACCAUCUGCAGGAACGAUGAGUGUGUGCUGGAGGACAAUUCGCAGAGGACCAAGUGGAAGGUGAUCAGUCCCACGGGGAACGAGGCCAUGGUCCCCUCUGUCUGCUUUCUGAUUCCCCCACCCAACAAAGAAGCCAUCGAGAUGGCCAACAGGGUAGAACAGUUGUACCAGAAAGUGAUGGCUCUCUGGCACCAGCUCCACAUGAACACAAAGAGCCUCAUCUCCUGGAACUACCUGCGGAAGGACAUAGCCCUGGUGCAAAGCUUCAGCAUGGAGAAGCUCAGAUCCUUAGCGCAAGGGGAGUGCCAGCAAGCCAUGAAGAGCCUCCAGGCACACUACGAGGACUUCCUACAGGACAGCCGGGACUCGGAGCUCUUCUCGGUGUCGGACCGGCUGCGCCUGGAGGAGGAAGUGGAGUCUUCCAAGGAACACAUCCGUCAGCUGCUGGAGUCCAUGGAGAACGAAGACAAGGAUGAGACCAUUGCCAGGACGUAUCUCUCCGAGCUGAAGAAUAUCCGUCUGCGCCUGGAGGAGUGUGAGCAGAGGCUGGUGAGCCGAAUCCAGUCCCCGAGCAGUGCCCGAGCAGAUGGUGACACUAUCCAGGAGAACACCAUCCGUAUUGCAGAGCAGGAGCGCGUGCAGGAGGAUCUGCAGCGACUGCAGUCGGACCUGCGGUUUGUUUCGGAGAGAUGCUGCAGCUUCCUCGAGAAGGCGCCUGCGGGGUCCAGCACGCCCCACUUGCGUUCUGAACUUGACUUGAUGGUGAACAAGAUGGACCAGAUGUAUGGGCUGUCUUCCAUCUACCUGGACAAGUUGAAGACAGUUGAUGUUAUCAUUCGUAACACCCAAGGAGCCGAGUCUCUGGUCAAAGGGUUUGAGGUUAAGCUGAGCCAAGAGGAGGCAGUUCCUGCUGNUUUGCUUUCCAUGAUGUUGAACCGGUGCUGUCUCUUGCUGGUUUUGCAGCAGUGGCUCGGGGAAGUGAAGGACAAGAGCUCCAUCUUCUCCACGUUGGAGAAGGAGAUGACAAAGGCGAAGGCAGUGGGAGAGCAGCUGUACCGCCUGAGACAAGAGCGCAGCAUCGACCUCGAGCGCUAUCAGGAGAAGGGAAGCCAGCUGUGGGAUCGCUGGCAGCGAGUCUGCACCCAGAUUGAGACCCGCCACGCGGAGCUGGAGAGCAUCCAGGAGGUGCUGAGUGAUUACCGGCAGUGCCACAGUGCCCUGAUCCAGUGGAUCGAGAAGAUCACGGUCCAGCAGGAGCUGAUGAAGCCAGGGCAAGCAGAGGACAGCCGGGUGCUGUCAGAGCAGCUGAGCCAGCAGACGGCUUUGGCUGCAGAAAUCGAGAAAAAUCAAGCCAAACUGGACCAAUGUCAGAAAUUCUCCCAGCAAUACUCAGCUGUUGUCAAGGACUACGAGUUGCAGCUCAUGACGUACAGGGCGUUCGUCGAGUCGCAGCAGAAGUCUCCCAUGAAACGCCGGCGCAUGCUCUCCUCCUCAGAUGCCAUCACGCAGGAGUUCAUGGAUUUGCGGACUCGCUAUACAGCUCUGGUGACGUUGACCACGCAGCACGUGAAGUACAUCAGCGAUGCUCUCCGGAGGCUGGAGGAGGAGGAGAAAGUAGUGGAGGAAGAGAAGCAGGAGCAUGUGGACAAGGUGAAGGAACUCCUGGGCUGGGCCCUGGGAUUGAAGCAGAACGUGCAAAGCAGGACGGCUGCUGCUGGGAGCAGAGAGCUGGGUGACAUCGAGAAAUCCAUCUCGGAGCAGCAGGCCCUGAAUGAGGAGCUGGCUGCCAAGAAGGAGCAGAUCUCAGAGGCCAUCAAAACAUCACAAAUCUUCCUGGCAAAACACAGCCACAAGCUUUCCCACCCAGAGAAGGAACGGAUUUCCACUCAGAUUGGUACUCUGAAGGAGACCUACCAGGCUCUCUGCAGCGACUCCACGGAGCAGCUCCAGCAGCUUCAGAGCCAACUGGCUCAGGAGACGGAGCACAAGGGCAGCGAAGCUGUGGCAGGAGUGAUCGAUCUUGGCACGGUAGAAAUAUUCCCUGUUUUUGGUGCUAUGCAGAGAGGUCUUAUAGAUCAGGACACUGGCCUUGUCCUCUUAGAGGCCCAGGUUAUCACAUCUGACUUAGUUGUUCCAGAGACCAAUGAGAAACUCUCCUUGGAGAAAGGUCUGGCAAGAAACAUCAUCGAUCUCAGGACGUUCCAGGUGCUGCAGGAAUUGAAGGAUGCUCUCCACCAGGUAGAAGAAAUCAGACGUGAAGGGAGGCAGCUCCUGCCUGUCGUUGCUGCGAUAGAAGAGGGGAGGAUCAGUGAGAGCGUUGGGCUGAAGAUUCUUGAAGCUGAGCUUGUCACUGGUGGCUUUAAAGUCCACCAGGGCAGAAUCAGCAUGGAGACAGCAGUGCAAGAAACGCUCCUUACCCCUCAGCUGUAUUCCAGACUCCUGUCUCACCUAGAAGGUGGCAAGGAUUUGAUUGACCCCAACACUGCUGAGAAAAUCAGUCUGUCUGAGCUCAUGCACCGAUGCAUCAUCCACCAAGAGACUGGACUGCGGCUGCUCCCAGUCAAGCAGCUGGCGGGUGGGAUGGUGAGCUUGAAAUCAGGCAGGAAAGUCAGCAUCUUCCGUGCAGUCCAGGAAGGGCUGAUAGACAGACAGGUAACGGUCAGGUUGCUGGAAGCCCACCUCUUUGCUGGUGGUAUUGUUGACCCCAGGACAGGACACAGGCUGACAGUGGAUGAGGCUGUGAAACAUAAUUUGAUUGACCAGGAUUUGGCAUGCACACUUCUUAUCCGGCAGCUUCAGACAGGUGGCAUCAUCGAUACCAUCACGGGAGAGAGACUGACAAUUGAUGAAGCUGUAAGGAAAGAGUUGGUAGCACCAAGGAUUGCAUUGGUGGUCCUGGAAUCCCUAUGGUCUUUCAUGGGGCUCUUGUGGCCAGAAACAGGGGAGAUUGUCCCAGUUGCAGAUGCUUUAGAGCAAGGAAUUCUGUCUACAGAGAUGGUUUACAAGAUUCUCAGCAAGAGGCAACUCAUUAAAGGUGUCUUUAUACCAGAAACCACUGAGGUGUUGUCCUGGAAGAAAGCAGUUGAACAUGGCAUCUUGGAGAGAAAUGUGGCGAAGAAGCUGAAAUCAACAGUCAUCCCUGAUGUCAUGGCCAACGUGCAGCUUGCUGGUUCUCCAAGCAGAAACAGGCAUGGCCAGAGUUUUUCUGGAAGGAGUCCCACAGGUCACAAAGAGCAAAGUGACCCUCUGCUAAGGAGUGAUGACGAAAGGCUGAUGUUCCACUUGAUGACCCACAGCUACAUCAACAUCCACGAUGGCCAGAAGCUGCUCUUAGUGGAUGGAGAGUUGAACAAUCUCACUAAAGCCCUUGUCCAAACCCAAGAAGAUGGAUCCUGUGCACACAUGUUGGAAGGCGGUGAAGGCUUUGAGGAGACAAAGGCAAAUGCAUCUCUUGAAAGUGAGCCUUGCAAUGGUUUGGCUUUGCAGCAGCUUGAGUUUCAAUUUGCUCCUUCAAUAGAACAAAGCAAAAAGGUCCUACCACCCAGAACUGCUUUGGUGAAUGGGGAGGUGGUGGUGGGACCUGAAAGCCUCCUGUUGGAGGAUGCAGAAGAUAUCUUGCUUGUGGAGGAGCAAGAGCAGGUUUAUACCAAAGAGGCUGCUAUCAAGAGCGAAGCUGAUGCUGAAUUUGGAAGAGACCAAGUAGUUUCUACAAGCGAGGACAAACAUCAGGUGAAAUUAUUGAUGCCAGAACAUCCCAGUGACUUUGGUAGUGGAUUUAGAGAAACAGAGGAAAUGAUGAUUGAGGCAGAAGAAGAGUCCAAGCCUACUACAGUAGAUGGAGUGGAAAGUAUCAAAGAUCAGAAGAGGGCAUUGGAAAGUGGGGUGGUAGUUGUGAAAAGCGAAAUCUGCUUAUCAAUGGAUGUUUCAGAAAGUGGAGAUAGACUGGAAAUCAUGGCAGAGAGGUCUCGGGGUGCAGAGGAACCUGAACUGGAGGCAGAAGAUGUUAGAGAGAUUUAUUUGCUCGAUAAAAAAACAGUUGAGAAUGGCAUGGUGGGAGGAGAGGAGAUUGUGCUCCCUAAAACUGGAGAGGCAGAGCAGACAGAAAGGCAAAGUGAGGACGUGGAAAGUGAAUUGGAAGUGGAAGGAGGAGAGGGUGAAGAAGUAAUAGGUGAUGAGAGAGUUGAUGAAACAUCCCUGCCAGCCCCUGUAGAGCAGGAAGCAGAGGACCCUUUGGAAAUGCUGUUAAUGCAGCUCCAAAGUGGUGGCAUAAUCCAUGAGCAGACAGGCAAGACUCUUCUUCUAAAUGAAGCAGUAGCUCAUGGAGUGGUGCCCAGCCACACAGCUGUGAAACUCAUGGAGAAAAUGAAGAUGUUCAGUGGCUUCUUUGAUUCUCGUACAUGUGAAUCAUUAACCACUGAGGAUGUCAUUGAAGAAGGUCUGAUGGAUGAGAAACUUCUCCAGAAGGUACUUGCAUCUGACAAAGCAAUAAGUGGCGUUCUUGACCCAGGCAAUAACUUUGUCUACUCUAUCAAGGAUGCUGCUGCUGUUGGCCUUCUGGACAAGGAAACAGCAAUGAGGAUCUUGGAAGGGCAAGUGGUUACUGGAGGGAUUGUUGACUUGAAACGUGGUAAAAAAGUAUCAGUCACUUUGGCUUCAAAUCUGGGCCUCAUAGAGCCAGCAAGUCAGAAAGAGCUGGCCAAGCUGGAGAAAGCUUCCAAAGGGAAAGGCACUGAUGAGGUGACCAGACAGAAGCUCAUUAACUUACAGGUUGAGACCAGUGGAAUUGUAGAUCCUAAAACCAAGCAGCCUUUGACUGUUGCCCAGUCUGUUGAAAAAGGGCUCCUGAAAAAGGAAGAAGCUUUUCAGCUCUUGACCAAGCAGAUUGCUGAUGGAGGUAUCAUCCAUCACGUGUCUGGAAUGAGGCUUUCGGUAAACGAUGCGAUGAAACAUGGUUUGAUCCAUCAAGAUUUAUGUAACGAGCUCACAGAAGCUGAAAGCGUGUGCCUGCAGGACUGUGUCCAUCCUGUUACGAAGGAGAAACUGCCCUUGGCCCAGGCGCUGUCAUUAGGGCUCCUUAGUUCAGAUUUCCAGAGGAAAGUGCAAGAAAUCCAGGCUGGGAGUGGAAGCGUUUUUGAUCAUGCUUCUGGCCAGAGACUGGCACUCUGUCAAGCGGUAAAGGAGGGCUUGCUGCCCAAGCAGAUGAUGGAGAAAGUCCUAUCAUCUUCAGAAAUGAAAGAAGGAAUUGUAGAUCCUGAGAGCUGCAUGAUCAUUCCCUACUCUGAGUUCAUAAAGAAGUGUAAAAUUGACAUUGAAUCUGGCCAGAGGUAUCUGGAGGUUCAUCCCUUCAGAGCCAUCAGGGAUGAGGUGACGGGGAACAAGCUCACGUGUGCCGAGGCGGUGAGGCUGGGGAAGGUGGACCUUCUGCCCACACUGCGGUUGCUACAGGCCCAGGCUGACAGUGGAGGGGUCGUGGAAGGUUCUGUCAGCAAGAGGCUCUCCCUGAGGGCUGCCGUGGAGCAAGGGCUGCUGGAUGAGGAGAUGGCCAAACUCAUUGCCACCAACCAGAUGAGGACUGGGGGAAUUAUUGAUGCUAGCAGUGGGAAAAGAUUGACUGUAAAGGAAGCUGUUGAAAAAGAACUGAUUAGCCAAAAAUUAGCUGCUGCUCUUCAGGAGGCAGAAAUAUCUGAAGACAAAUAUGGUUCUGAGGUCUGCAAAGUAGAUAGACCCCAGGAAAAAAUGGGAGAAUUAUCUCCAAAAGAGGAAGAUGUCCUUGUCUCUGCCAGUGCUGCUAAGAAGUCUGAUGGUGCUGAGCACAAAGCUGGAUCUGAAGCUGUGACCUAUGACGUGGCUGGAGGCACAGCUGCCACCACUGAGAGAUCCCCAGUGACCCUGACAAAAGGGAAAUCAAAACCUCAAGGAAGUUCAGAGGAUGGUGGAACACAUCAUCCCCAAGAAACAACUGAAGUGACUCCAGAAUACCCAUCAGUAUUAGGUACAGCAUCUCUGUCCAAGGAGAUGGUGGUGGAAAGGGCUGUGGAAAAAGGGAUGGCAGUAAGCAGCUCCCAGGUUAGAGCAGCUGAGGAGAAGGAAUUGAGGAGAGAAGUAGAAGAACAAGGGACAAAGAAAGUGGAGGGAUUGGGAUUGGAGAAAGAGCAGUUGUUCUUGGACACGGAGACACUUCGCAGUGUGGAGGACGGUGAGGAGAGGAGGAAGAGGAGAGGGUUUGUAAGUGCAGAGGGAGUUGUGGCAGGUGAAGAAGGUGCCGUGGUGGCUUCUGAGCAAGAAGAGCGAGUGAGCAGCCUGGACCAGGUAACAUCAGCAGCCCCGAGGGAAUCUGUUACUGUGGUUCAAGGGAAGGGAGAGAUGGGUCCUACAGAGUCUGGAGAACCCCCUGAGACUGGCGUCCCUGUGAAGUCUGCAGGAGAUGAGCUUGCAGGUGAAAGAACUGUCGAACAUAUCAAAGGAGAACCCCUGAGACCAGGUACAGAAGGUCCAGUUGAGCAGCAAAAAACAAGUGAAACUGAGAAAAAACAGAAAAGCAAGAAAAAGAAAGCAAAGCAGAGCGGGGUCCCAGGAGACAGCGCUCAGCCGGAGAAAUCUUCUGUGGAAAAACCAUCCUUUCCUUUUCCAGUUUCCAAAGAAAUUCCAGGGAAGGAGGAGGACUUUGUCUCAAGCACGCCAGAACCAAAACAUGAAACCACCACCAAGAUUACUGCUGGGUUGGCAAGAGAUGCAGCCAAACACAUGGGGAGCAGCAGGGAGGAAGGAGAGAAAAAGCCAAUUUCUGAGAAAGAUAGAGAAAACGGUGGUGGGGGUCAGGUGUUCCCUGUCCCACCAGGACAAGGGGAAGCUCAAGAGAUGGUGGAAGGUGGGAUCAGAAAGGAUCAUGAUUCCUCAAUGGCAUUGAGUCUGGAGGAGAGGGUGACCCAGGAAGACACCAAAGUGGAAACCACCAGUGAUGUGUCCAGUGUAGCCCCAGCAGCAGACAAUCUGCCUGAUGAAUUAAUUAUCAGAGAGGAACCCAGAGAAGUUCAGGAAACCUCUACAGUCCUUGAGCUUGGAGAAGAGACACAAGAAGAGCAAACAGUGGAGUUAAGCACAGGCCAAGCAGGUGCCCCUGUUCCCCCAAAAUCCCAAGGAGAAACACCACAGGAGAGGACCAGGCAGCUGGGUCCUGGCGAUCGGGGCUUGCUCCUACCUGUGAUAGUGGAGGGGGAGCUGCUGGAAACCUCCAGGGAAUCCACGAGACCAGCCCAGAUCAUGUUCAGCAAGAAGAUGUGUCUGGAGCACGAUGAGAAGUUGAUAUCGUAUCUCUCCAUGCUCCGAGAUAUCGAGAUGAGAAUCAAACGGGCGCAGCCAGUGGAGCAGAAUUUGGCAGCUCUGCACGAGCUGCUGCAGCAGGCAGAGGCCCUGGGCGCUGAGCUGCGGGAGCUGAGCUUCCCAGUGAAUCAGGAGUUGGAUGCCGUGGAGUGGAUUGUGGCCAACCCCCCUGAAGAAGUCCCUGAACAAUUACUGAAGGCUUUGGAGAAGGAUGCCAAGAACCUCCAGAAGUCUCUGAGCUCUGCAAGUGAUGUCCUGGAGGCCCGGCUGCAAAACCUUCGUGGGGCAGCAGAAACUAAAAAGGCUAAAAUCCUGGCACAUUAUGAGACUCUCCAGGACAAACUCCAGGAGCUGCUGAGCUGGGUCUCAGGCACUGCAGAGUCGCUGGACGGCAGCGAUUCCCACCACGCGACUGAUGUGAACAGCUUGAGUCGCUGCCUCCAGCACUACAAGGAGCUGAAAGAGCCCCUCGCUGACACCAAAUCUCAGCUCGAUGCCACCGCCUUCGACAUCCAGUUCCUUAUCUCAGAGCAUGCCCAGGACUUGACCCCUCAGCAGAGCAGGCAGCUGCUGAGGCUGCUCCAUGAGCUGCAGAAGGCUUUCCAGGACUUGUCGGAGCAUGUGACAGCUCGGGUGGAGGUCCUGCAGGUCUGUCUCCAACAAGUGGAGCAGACAGAUCAGGUGAAGACGCUGCAGGAGCAGCAGGCAGCCCGGGCGCAGAACCUGGCCGAGCUGAGCCGCUGGCUGUGCCAAGCAGAGGACACACUGGCAGAGCAGCAGAGAGCAGCCAGCGAAGGGGACCUGUCCACCUUGCAGCAGAGGCAAAGCGAUGUUAAGGAGCUGCAGAGGAACAUGCACACCCGAGCUGCCUCCUUUGCCAGCGUCCUGAAAAGCACAGAGGAGUUUUUGGAGGAGAACAAGGCAAAGAUGGAGCCUGGGGAACUGGCAGCACUGCAAGAGAAGCUCCAGCUUGCUAAGGAGCAGUACCGGUCCCUCCAGGAGAGGACAGAGAUGGCUCAGAAGGAGCUGGAGAGCGCUGUGACUGCUGCCGUGCAGCAGGAGACUGAGAAGGUGAAAGCUGCCAAAGAGCUGGAGGAGAACAGCAAUAAGAUCGAUUCCCUUUUGAACUGGGUGGCAUCCCUAGAGCAGAAGGGAGAGUUCCUGAAGUACAGACCACACCCCAUUGAGCAAGCACCAGGGGCACGAGCAGGGACAGGCACUCAGGAUGUCCCCGAUGGCCACGUCGUGGGAGCAGAGAGUGCUGCUGAGAGCCUGGAUGAGCAGUACGAGAGGCUGAAGGCCCAGCACCAGGAGCUGCUGUCCCAGCAGCAGGAUGUCAUCUUGGCCACGCAGUCAGCACAGGCUUUCCUGGACAAGCAUGGCCACAGCCUGGCUGGGGAGGAGCGGGACCGGCUCCAGGGCCGGCUGGCAGAGCUGAAGGACCAGUACACAGCUUCCCUCUCGCAGUCAGAAACGCGGCUGAAGCAAGUGCAAGUCCUGCGGGAUGAGCUGCAGAAGUUCUUGCGGGAUCACGGGGAGUUCGAAGCUUGGCUGAAGCAAGCAGAGCAGGAUCUGGAGGGGAUGUACAAGGGGGACAGCGACCCUGCAGCCCUCAGGCAGCUGCUCCUGCGACAGGGGAGCUUCUCAGAAGAUGUGAUCUCCCACAAAGGUGACCUGAGGUUUGUUACCAUGUCGGGGCAGAAGGUGCUGGAUGUGGAAGAAGCUGCUGCGGACGCAGGGUCCCAACUGCUGAUGUCUGGGAACGUGGUCAAGAGCAAGUUGGAGGACGCGACACAGCGAUACACCACGCUGCACUCCAAGUGCACCAAGCUUGGCUCCCAUCUGAACACCUUGCUGGAUCACUACCAGCAGUUCCAGGAGGUGGCAGAAUCUCUGAGGACGUGGCUGCAAGAGAGCGAAGCUGCCAUUGGGAAACUGCUCUCGGAGACAGUUUCUUCAGAUCCGGCCGUUCUGCAGAAGCAGCUCGCCAGCGCCAAGCAGCUGCAGGGAGACCUUGCUGCGCAUCAGGUGCCAGUGGAGAAGCUGCAGAAAGCGGCUUGGUCCCUGCUGGAGGUACAAGGGGAGCCAGCCCCAGACCACGGGCACAUCCAGGAGACAACAGAUGCCAUCGUGAGCCGCUUCCAGAGCCUCUCCCAGCAGAUGACCGAGCGCUCGGACCUGCUGCAGAAAUCCAUCGCCCAGUCCCAAAGCGUCCAGGAGAGUCUGGAGAGCCUCCUCCAGUCAGUGGCUGAGAUCGAGAAGAAUCUGGAGAGAGAGCAACCAGCCACACUCUCCUCCACCUCCAUCCAGGACUCACUUGCCACCAGCGCGAAGCUGAAGCAGGACCUUGCCAGGCAAAAAAGCUGCCUGGAGGCCACUCGUGAGAUGGUGACACGAUUCAUGGAGGCAGCAGACAGCCCCACGGCCUCUGCCCUGCAGGGCAAACUGGCAGAGGUGACCGAGCACUUUACCAGGCUGUGCCAGCAGCAGCGGGAGAGGGAGGACACGCUGAAGGGCCUCCUCCCAAAGGUCGAGCAAUAUGAGGAACUCUCGGAGAAGUUGCAGCAGUUCACAGAGAGCAGAACACGGAUGUUGGCAUCUGGGAACCAGCCAGACCGGGACAUCGCUCACUUCUCCCAGCACAUCCAGGAACUGAAUUUGGAGAUGAGGCAGCACCAGGAGGACCUGGCCACCCUGGAGCACCUGGCUGCGGAGCUGAGCUCCUGUGGCUUUGCCCCCAGCACUUCCCAGCAGCAGGAGAAGCUGCAGAACCUGAAAAAAGAUUUCCUGCAGCUGCAGAAGGUGGCAAAAGAGAGAGAAAAGGAUGCGUCGUCCUGCCAGGAGCAACUGGAUGAAUUUCGGAAGCUGGUCGGGGCCGUGAGGAAGUGGCUGAAGGAGAGUGAAGGCAAAAUGCCGCCCGCUGAGACCUCCCUGGGCACCCAGGAGCUGCACAAACGCAGGCAGCAGAUCCAGGAUCUCCUGGAGGAAUGGAAGGGGAAGGGGGCUCAGGUGGAGGAGAUUGGUCGCAGAGGGACCCUCCUGGAGAACCUGAUCAUGGAGAUUACGGCCCCCGACACCCCAUCCAAGGCAGGUGCCGCGCUGCCCGCUCCGGGAGGGUCGGUAGGCAGUGUGAACGGAUACCACACCUGCAAAGAUCUGACCGAGAUCCAGUGCGAUGUGUCGGAUGUGACCCAGCAGUACCAGGGCCUUGGCGCCGCGCUGCGGGAACGCCAGCAGCAGCUCUCAGCUAUGCUGGAGAAGAUGCAAGAAGUACAGGAGGAGGCAAGCUCGAUGCUGAAGUGGCUGGAGUCGAAGGAACAAACACUGUCAGAGCUGGAUGCCUCCUCCUCACCCACCAAGACAGAGACGAUGAGAGCCCAGGCUGAGCACAACAAGGCAUUUCUGGCUGAAUUGGAACAGAAUUCUGGGAAGAUUCAGAAGGUAAAGGAAGCACUUUCUGGCUUGCUGGAGAAAUAUCCAGAUUCUCCAGAAGCAGUAAACUGGAAGAAGAUGCAGGAAGACCUGAAUUGCAGGUGGGAAAGAGCCAGCCAGGCGACGGCCGAGCGGCAGCAGAAGCUGGAGGAGUCGGUGAACCAGCUGGCCAGCUUCCAGGCUGCUGAAACCCAGCUGCGCCCUUGGCUGAUGGAGAAGGAGCUGAUGAUGAGUGUGCUGGGACCACUCUCCAUCGACCCCAACAUGCUGAAUGCACAGAAGCAGCAGGUCCAGUUUAUGCUGAAGGAAUUUGAAGCUCGCAGACAACAGCAUGAGCAGCUCAACCAGGCAGCUCAGAGCAUCUUGACUGGCCCUGGAGAUGUUUCUCCAUCCGUUAAUCAGGUGCGGGAAGAGCUCCAAGGGGUUAAUCAGAAAUGGUCCGAGCUAACAGAACGCCUCAAUUCCCGCUCCAGUCAAAUUGACCAAGCCAUAGUGAAGAGCACCCAGUACCAGGAGCUCCUCCAGGGCCUCUCCGAGAAGGUGAAGGCGGUUGGGCAGCGCCUGAGCAGCCAGUCUGCCGUCAGCACACAGCCUGAUGCCGUGAAACAGCAGUUGGAGGAAACCAGUGAGAUCCGCUCAGACCUGGAGCAGCUGGAAGAGGAGAUUGCAGAGGCUCAGACUCUCUGUGAUGACCUCUCUGUCCUGAUUGGGGAGCAAUAUCUCAAAGAUGAGUUACGGAAACGUCUGGAGACAGUGGCGCUUCCUCUCAAAGGGCUGGAAGACCUGGCAGCCGACCGGAUGAACCGACUGCAGACUGCACUCGCAAGUUCCCAGCAGUUCCAACAUAUGUUUGAUGAACUCAGGACCUGGCUAGAUGACAAAUUGUGCCAGCAAUCUCAGAGCCAACCUAUUUCUGCUAAACUGGAGAGGCUACAGAGCCAAAUUCAGGAACAAGAAGAGUUCCAGAAGAGCCUCAACCAACACAGUGGCUCCUACGAGAUGAUUGUAGCCGAGGGAGAAUCUUUACUGCUUUCUGUCCAGCCUGGGGAGGAGAAGACCACUCUUCAAAACCAGUUGGUCAGCCUCAAAACACACUGGGAAGAGCUUAGCAAGCAAGCUGCCAAUAGACAUUCUAAGCUCAAAGACUGUUUGCAGAAAGCUCAGAAGUACCAACGGCACAUGGAGGACCUUCUGCCUUGGGUGGAAGACUGCAAGGCAAAGAUGUCAGAGCUGGAAGUAACUCUGGAUCCUGUGCAACUGGAAGCGACUCUUCUGAGAUCAAAGGCUCUGCUGAGUGACGUGGAGAAGCGCCGUUCCUUGCUGGAGAUGCUGAACAGCGCUGCCGACAUCCUGAUUGAUGCUUCUCAAACCGAUGAGGAUGACAUUCGUGAUGAGAAGGCUGGCAUCAAUCAGAAGAUGGAUGCCAUCACAGAAGAACUGCAAGCCAAAACUGGCUCCAUUGAAGAAAUGUCACAGAGACUCAAGGAGUUUCAAGAGAGCUUCAAGAACAUUGAGAAGAAGCUGGAAGGGGCGAAGCACCAGCUGGAGAUCUACGAUGCACUAGGGCCACAAGCCUGCAGCAACAAGAAUUUGGAGAAGCUCAGGGCACAGCAGGAGGUGCUGCAAGCCCUGGAGCCACAAGUGGAUUAUCUGAAAAACUUCACUCAAGGUCUAGUAGAAGAUGCCCCAGAUGGGUCCGACUGUUCCCAGCUCUUAAGCCAAGCUGAGGUGGCUCAGCAGGACUUCAAAGCUGUGAAGCAGAAAGUAAACGACUGCUGUACGCUGAUGGAAAACAAGCUUGAAGGGAUCGGCCAGUUCAAUAAUCAGGUCAGGGAGAUGUUCUCUCAGCUGGCGGAUCUCGAUGAUGAGCUAGACAGCAUGGGCCCCAUUGGGAGAGACUCUGACAGCCUUCAGUCUCAAGCAGAGGAUGUUCGCACGUUCCUGGGCAAACUCCAUAGGCUGAAGUCUGACAUUGAAGCUUCUGAAAGUGAAUGUAAGAAGAUGCUGGAGGACGAAGGGAGCCCCGAUUUGUUAGGACUGAAACGUGAGUUGGAGACGUUGAAUAAACAGUGCAGCAAACUGACGGAGAGAGGCAAGAACCGUCAGGAGCAGGUGGAAACCACACUGUCUCGUGUCGAGGACUUUUACAGCCGGCUGAAGGAGCUGACCCACAUGACAACCGCGGCGGAGGAGAACGAGGCGUUGCAGUGGGUGGUGGGAACAGAGGUGGAAACCAUCAACCAGCAGUUGGCAGACUUCAAG